GAAGGACGAGAGCAGGGAAGUGUGGGCCGAGGUGGGCGGGGCGUCGCACGCGCGCGCGGCCUGCAAAAGGAGGGAGGGGGACGGAGGGAGAGAUCCAAGACAACGUUACCGCGUCAACACCCAGUCGGGAGCCGGCCUGACCCCGCCCCCUACCCUCACGCUAUUGGCUGGGAGGCCCCACAUGGGCGGGGCCGACCGUGGGGUUGGGGAGGGCAGGGGGCGGGGAGGAGAGGAAGGCGCUGGCGGGCAGUGAUGGCGGCGGGUGAUGGGGACGUGAAUUUAGGCACCCUGGGGAGUGGCAGCGAGAGCAGCAGCGACGGUAGCAGCGAGAGCCCGAGCGGCGCGGGAGCGGCAGCAGAAGGGGGCGGCUGGUCGGCUGCUGCGCUGGCCCUUCUGACGGGGGGCGGGGAGAUGCUGCUGAACGUGGCGCUGGUGGCGCUGGUGCUGCUGGGGGCCUACCGGCUGUGGGUGCGUUGGGGGCGGCGGGGUCUGGGGGCUGGGGCCGGGGCGGGCGAGGAGAGCCCCGCUGCCUCUCUUCCUCGUAUGAAGAAGCGGGACUUCAGCUUGGAGCAGCUGCGCCAGUACGACGGGUCACGCACCCCGCGCAUCCUGCUUGCGGUCAAUGGGAAAGUCUUCGACGUGACCAAAGGCAGCAAGUUCUACGGCCCCGCGGGUCCAUAUGGAAUAUUUGCUGGUAGGGAUGCCUCCAGAGGACUGGCGACAUUUUGCCUAGAUAAAGAUGCACUUAAAGAUGAAUAUGAUGACCUCUCAGAUUUGAAUGCCGUACAAAUGGAGAGUGUUCGAGAAUGGGAAAUGCAGUUUAAAGAAAAAUAUGAUUAUGUAGGCAGACUCCUAAAACCAGGGGAAGAACCAUCAGAAUAUACAGAUGAAGAAGAUACCAAGGAUCACAAUAAACAGGAUUGAACUUUGUAAACAACCAAAGUCAGGGGCCUUCAGAACUGCAAUUCUUACUCCCUUUCACAGAAUGUCCAGCGUCUUUGGGUUUGGUUCACCUGCUGCAAAAAAACAUUCAACAGAUUGUUUGUACAAGCUAAAUGAGUCUCACCAUGAAGAUUCGAAUACUAGACAUUAUGCUGCCAGACUCAUUUGUUGCAGUUGUUUGUAAUGUCUGGUGGGGCUUCUUCAUCCUGAAAAGAAGGAGACAGGGAUUUUUUUAAAGAGCAAGAAAGUCACAAGAUUACUUUUCCUUUUCUCUUUCUUUUUAAAAUCAAAGACAACCUGAUACAUAUUUGCUACUUAAGUGUACAGAUCUCCUUACAAAAACAGCAAGGAAUUCCUACUUCAUGCGCUGGGUCUGUUUUAGCAAUGAGGGAGGGGGGUUGGUGCCCAUCAGUCUGAGUAGUUAAGGCUACUGAAACACUAAGAUAUGACUCCCCGAGCUUUUCUUUUUGGGUUUUGUCAGAGAAAAGAAAAAAACUUUUAUUUCUAAGAAAUUUUUGGAAAUUAGAAAAAGGGAUUUCAGGUGGAUUUAAGUCAAAGCUAAUUCCCCAACAGUAAGAUCAUUUGAAACUGGUUUUUAUCCCUUUCCUUCCCCUAGAUCAAAUCAAUAUUAAUUGUGCCUUAUUUCACUUACAUAGACUUGAAUUAUUUUUAGGGAAAGCCCCUGUGUGAAUUCAGAAGUCACUACAAGCAGCAUUGAGACUGAAGUUGGAAUAUUCUGUUGACCGCAAAACCUUGAUGUCAUUCUGUGUAUAUAGAAUGUAAAAGGAAUAUUCAGUGUUACUGCCAUAUAUGUUAAUAUACACAAACUUAAUUAGCAUUGUCAUGGCCAAAUGCAUUCCCCCAUGCUUUUCUCUUUUCAAAAAAAAAUUGAAAAAUCAACAACUCUAUCCCCUAACAGCUGCCUAAUUUUAGGAGUCUUGACUCACAUCUUACUGGUGUGGGUGCAUGAGGCCGUAGUAUGGAUGUCGUGUGGGUGUGUCUGAGUGUGUGUGAGAGCGCCUUGGAAGGGAUCUGCAGAUACUGUAAAUACCCGUACCAUUUUAAUAAAGCAUGUACAAUAAACCAAAAUAAGCUUGAGUUGGACUUUAUAUACAAACUGUAAGCCAGUGCAUUAUGAUAUGGGAGUUGAGAUUGUGUAUUUGACUCAAGAUAAGGAAGAAUCUUGGAAAUGAAAGGCAGGCACUGGUUAACUAAGUUGUACACAUUGUACCACAUUCACUGUAACUUUAGGAAGAAAUUCCACUUUGUGGAACAUUCUCAAGAGAUCUGAGAUUAUUCAGGUAAGAAUUGAUAUAUUAAAAUGUACAUAUUUUUUCUUUAUAUUUUGAUGCCAACUGAUAAUACUAGAAGUAAUAGCACUCCAGGUGGUAGUUAUUGAACACAAAACAAUAAAGGAUAUUACACUGAUUGAUAGGUAUUAAAUUCUUCCAUUGUUAGUUUGAAAAAGCUCUUACUACAAGCCCUAUACGUGUCCAUUAUUUGAUUGCAUCAUGACUAUUUAGGUUCUUAAUUGGAGACAAGUUAUACCAAAAAAGACAAUUUUAUUUAAUAACUCAGCAGUUAGAGAAAAGAAUUCUCCUGCUUUACGAGUAUAAUAUAUGCAGAAGCCAUCAAAGAAAGAGGAACUUUUAACUGCAGUAAUAAGCUAAAGUAUGUAAAAUACUACAUUCUAUUGUGUUCAGUCUUGGAAUGUUUUGUAGAAAAUGAUGAACUUCAGCCAGAUCUUUGCUGAAGACUGGUUGUAACAACUGAAGAGUGUUGGUAAAUGGUUUGUGUGUUUUUACGUAAAAUAUUUUCUGAACAGAUUUGUUAGAGUAUGUGUCCUCUGGAGUAAACUGAUAUAUAUGAAUCAUUUGAGCCUAAACUUAAGAAGUAAAUCUACACUUGUGAAUAGAGAAACCCUAAAUAUUCAUGCAGUAAAAAUUAUGUAGUCUGUUAAGAAAAAUGAGUAAUGUUGUGCUUUGGACUUGAAAUAAACAGUGUUCUAUGGACAAUUCCUCAAUUUCAAUUGAGUGUUCUCAUUCUCAGGAAGUUUGGUGGGCAGUCAGUCAUUGAGUAAGGGGACGGGAGCUGUGGUGGCAUUGUUGCUGUAGUUUCUCCCUUAACCACUAUUUCCCUAACUUGCCUGAUUAUUAGAACCACUUGAGGUGCUUAAAAUACAAAUUCUUGGUCCCCAGUCAAAACCUACCACCCACUAAGCCAGAAUGGAAAGCGAAUGAGUCUCGGACUUUAUUUGUAAGAAGUGCCUUGGGUAAUUCUUAUGAUUAGAAUUUUCAAAUGUGAAAGACACACCAGUCUUUUCAAGUUAUACAACUGACUCUUGAACAACAAGGGUUUGAACUGUGUGGGUCCACUUUAUUUUCUUCAAUAAGUAUUACAGUACUACAGUACUUCAUGAUCCACAUUUGGUUGAAUCUGUGGAUGUGGAACUGCAGAUCCAGAGGGCCGUAAGGGGAAUUUCACUCAGCACAGGUCGGUACCUCUGAACCCCUGCAUAAUGUUCAAGGGUCAGCUGUAUUAUCUGUCUUUGUCAUCUACUUGAAAUGGACCUUAACCUUAGAUAAUUUUGGUCUGAUUCCCUGUAUUUGGUUUUCUCUUUCACUCCCUAAACAUCUGUAGCAUUUCUGAGUUAAAAAUUAGGAGAUUUCACAUAAAAAUCUAGUAUGUGAUUUUUUUUAAUAUCAAAUAUUUAUUCUCUUCAGUUUUUUGUCUUUUGAUAACUUCUCCAAGUUGGCAGUAUGUUUCCCAAAUAAAGUCUAUACUGUGUGUACUAGCCAGUUUCUCUGUUAGGGAGUGAGCCCAUUUAGAUUACAGAUCACGUUUUUAAAACCUUGACUAUGGUGCUUAUGUUUUCCUGACAGUAAUUCCACCUGCCUUUUUUGAAAUCUGCAGAAUCUGACACUUUUACCCCCACCUACAAUCUAGAAAGCAAAAGUUAAUAUGUUGAACUACUACUGGAGAAAAUUAUUCUCUUGAAAACUUGGCGUAAAUCAGACUCUUCACCCAAGUAUUCCAUUUACCUCUACUGAUAACUGAGAAGUGCAGCACAUUGCUAGAAAUAGAUGCCAUUGGCAUGUAAACACAGUGUAUAGCCUUACAGUGCUUAUAUGGAUUAGAACAAGCUGGUAAGGAGAAAACUUUAAUUCGAGAAGAUACAUGCACCCCAAUGUCCAUUGCAGCAGUAUGUACAAUAACCAAGACAUGGAAGCAACCUAAGUGUCUAUCAACAGAUGAAUGAAUAAAGAAGAUGUGGGGGCUUCCCUGGUGGCGCAGUGGUUGAGAGUCCGCCUGCUGAUGCAGGGGACAUUGGUUCGUGCCCUGGUCCGGGAGGAUCCCACAUGCCACGGAGCGGCUAGGCCCGUGAGCCAUGGCUGCUGAGCCUGCGCGACUGGAG